CACAGGCAGGCCAGAGAAAUACACAGCAAAUGACGAUCUACUCACGUGAUGGCUGUAGUAAAUACAUGAUGCAAGGGGUUGGGCGUACACUGUGUUAGGCGUCUUGCUAUACGCACUUCAGCGGGCCAUGAGUGUAUGUGAUGAUGUAUGCGACAUGCGUCAAAAAUAAAAUCCUUUGCAUGAUCUACCGUAGAUCAGCGUGAAGCCACAAAACUGUCUGUAGAUGUGAUUCUAGGCUUAUUUUUCUCAUGAGAGUUUCGGACCCAGUGUAUAAACCCAUUUGCAUCCCGUCUACGUCUUAACACAGAGAUUAGAGUGCCACAGAGUUCUACGACUAAUGUAUGAUGAACCCAUCGCAUGUACCACCUGAAGCAGCGCCCCAUGGAUGUGUGGCUGAGAUGAAUCCCUCCCAUGUACCAUCUCUAUCAGUAUCAGCGCCCCAAGGAAGUGAAAGUAUCAAAAAAAGAAAGAGGAGGAAGUAUCUGACAACUCCAGGGCAAAGGAAGAGGAAGAUGAAGCACGUAACAAAUAUGCGGGAGCGACGCAGAAACUUGCAAUUCUCCCUCACAACAAAAAAUCGAUCAAAUCACAUCGCAUCACCUGAGGAUGAAGCACAUCUCAAUCAAACAGAGGGGUCUGGCCCAAGCACCGAACCAAUCCACCAUGCAAACCACAUUGCAUCACAGGAGGCUGCACGUGAGGAUGCAGCACAUCUUAUUCAAUCAGAGAAAAUCAUCGUUACUGACAGUUCAGUUGCAAGCUGCCAUCGUGCAACAGAAGGGCCGGUGAACAUGGUUUCCAUUUUGAAACCACAAGCAGCAGGCGUCUCUGCCGAGCCUCUCAUCAACCUAAUCUGUGCAGACGAAGAGCUGUCUGAGAGUCAGCAAAAGGUCUACGCAGAAUGGGAUAAACAAGUGAAGGAGUACGAUGACCUUAUGAAGAAGCACAAAGAGGAAGAAGAAAAAUACCAGAAAGCUGUCAAAGCUGUUGACACUAGAGUCGGCUUGAAGGAUUCCGAGCACCAAGUUGCAAACGGUCCAACCAAGUUUCUGAGAGCAGUACCUACUUCAACCUCCACAGUGUCUAAUCAAAGUAAAUCGGUUGUGAAUAACAGCUUCCGCGGAAGAGUUAUACCAAGUGUUUCAACGGUUCCAAAUCCAUUACUUCAGAGGACCAACACUCUCCAGUCUGUAAGAACCCCUGUAAAUGGAAGGCAACAGCUAGCUUAUGGGGGAAACCAACUCACAGGUAGACAGCAGAUCACAACAACAACAGCAUCUGGGAUCAAAAUGACGUUGAGUGCAUCACAGCAGACAAACAGACUGCCAGGUGUCAUGCGUCCAGGUUCAUAUGUGAUACAUAAUGGCAUUGCUCAAGCAACAACCAAAGUUGUUCAACCUGGGGUGACUGUGAAUAAUCAGCAGCGGGUUGUUAAUAUUCCUACCGAUAGCCUCCAAACUUACAUGAAACAGUCAAUUCAGAAUGUUUCAGGUCCUAUUCAACGUCAACCUGCCAUACAGAAUGUCUCAAGAGGGGUCAAAAGACCAGCUGAAGUCACUCUCACUGCUGUGACUGCUGAAACCAAACGCCCCAAAGCGACAGUGGAUUCCAAGGAUCUACUUGUAUUUUAUCCCAUGAAGAAAGGAAACUUGGUGCAAACUGAGGAUGCUUCAAAGCGCUUCAAGAUCAAGUGUUUCCAUUGCGAGGAAACUAUGGCUAGCAAUGUGCAGUAUGCUACACAUGUCAAGAAGAUUGCAGAGAACUUGUGGGCAAACAAGACAUCGCUUGCUUCUAUGGUUGUGUGCCCCAAGUGCUUUAAACGUUUCCGUACCCCAUUUGAAAUGCAGGAACACCUUGAACGCUCUCACAUGAAGGGAUCAAUGUACCAAUGUUUCACUUGUGACCUGUCCUUCAGUAACAUUUCCAUGCUGCUGAAGCAUAUGAACAUGUUCCAUAGUGUUGCACAGAUGCCUUUUUGCUGCCGCAUCUGUCAGUACCGUACCUCUGCCUACGCUGAUAUAAUUGAGCACUUCUCUCUAAAACAUGAAGGAUACAAGGCUCUCAUGUGUCCGUACUGCCUGAAGAUGCUCCGUUGUAGCAAGACUUUUCUCCAACAUUGUCAGAGACACAUCCAGUUGGCAAUGCGAGCAACAGGUUCCGGCGUAUAUCCUUGCAAGAAUUGUAAGCUGUCCUUUUUGUCAACGAUUGAACGCAACGAGCAUCUAGAUAAAGAUCACAGGAAGUAUGAUUAUAAAGACAGAGACGGGGUGCCAAGGUAUGUGCGUGAUACUCUGAAGUCUCUUGAGAUCAUGGCUUCUGCUGGAGUCACCAACUUACCACCAACACAUACAAUCAGUCCAAAGAAAGUUGAAAUCAAGUAUGGCUUCACUCAGCAGGCUUCACUCAACAAGAAACUAGCUUGUAUGGAGUGUGGUCUUCUCUUUUCCAAUUUUGGCAGUCAUUUUACAAUCCAGCUGCGUUGUGACAAGUGUCCCUAUUCGUCGUACUGCCCCAGAUCUGUCAGCAACCACAUGAUUCUCUUCCACAAGAUAGGUCGGGAUCCACCCAAACUUGGUAUAGUUUCUAAAAAGAAGAAUCACGAUGGCACAAUCACCCUGACAUGUAAAACCUGCAACUACCAAACCAAAGCUCCUACUCAUAUGGCGCACCAUCGUGCUAAGAAGUGUGUCAAGAGAACGCCUAUGGAGUGGAUAUCCUACCUAAAUGUACCCAACACCAAGAAGAAUGAAAGGGGCGGUUCUAAGCUGGUAGAUGUGAUUGUUCUGGACUCUGAUGAGGACUGAUAAUUGGUCAGGUACACUGUACAGUCUGUUCUUGUGGGUGGACCUCUACAGGAUGCUAGAUGAUGCUGCUAGGUCGGUCUACAUGUAACCUACAGAUCAGGGGCCGGUCUCACAAAGCCUUUUUUCAAUGACAAAUGAAAACAAAUCAGUGACAAAUCUGCUGAUAACCAAUCAGAAGCAAGGAUUUCAGUAGCUUAUAACAAAAACUGUCAUUUGUCACUGAUGACAAGUUUUGUGAAACGCCCUCCUGUGUUAUUGAUAUGGCAAAGUAGCCUGUCACAGGUUUUGUCUCCUAAUUGCCCAUGUUCUUAUAUAUUCCAUUCAUAAAUUGCAAAGGAUUGAACACAUCCCUAGGUAAAUUCAGUUAUCAAAACUUAUCUCUUUUUCGUUCACUUUGAAAUAGUAUGGUAAUUAUCAUGGUACAUGUAUGUGCAACACAUGACAUCUUCUUGGUGAAAUUCUGUAAAGAAUGUUUUUUUCAUUUGCUCAUCAACGAGUCUUUAUACACAUGAUUUGUUUCAGGAUUGUGUAUACAGUGUAUGUCUGGGAUUGGUAUUGAAAAUUGAUGUUGUGUUGACGGCAAUAAUAAUUUCUCAGGCAUUGAAUUCUUUUAAAUAAUUAUAAUUAUUAUUAUUAAGUAUUUUGGUGUCACCUGUGCCUGGGAGGAAAAAAAGUGAACUGAAUCACUGACCCUCUGUCUCUCCAGAUAUAAAUGAUUGGGGUCGUGCGGGUGGACCACUACACUGGGGUUUCCCCCUACUCUUAUUCAAAUAGUGCAGUGGGUUCUUAACGUGCAAAGGUAGUGACUCUCCUCUACAUGGAGCCUCUCUUUAACGUCCUAUCCGAGGGACAGAGUGUUACAUAAAUUAACAUAGCAUGUGUCUGUGAAAUAGGGGAGGGGCACAUUUACACACAACACAGGCUGCAGUCAUUUACCUGGUUUAGACCUGAACCGAUGACUUUUGGUUCAACAGGGAGGCGCUUUUACUGACUGAGCUAACUUGCCUCCUUUGAGUUUUGUAUACUUAUGCCUUAUCCUCAAUGUUAAAGAAAUGUGAAAUUACAUUUCAUUAUAAAAUGCUAGACAUUAUUAUGGCUAACCUCUCAAUAGCUUAGAUCAUGCAAAUAUUUUAGAAUUUGCUAUUUCCUAUGCUUUUCUUUGUGGUGUGGAAGUGUAUAUGGAAUGGGGUAGGGGAAAUAAAUAAAGAAAACUAAUAGGUAAUUGAACAAGGUACAUUUUAGCUAAAGCUAUUAAAGUUAAAAAGUGCUACCAGAGAGUCAGAGACUUGACAUUUUCUUUUUUUGGUUCAUCGUAUUAGCUUGUUCCAUCAUUUGAGAUAUACAUUGAGAGCUAGGGUAUGCAUUUGCUGUAUUAUUUAAGGUUAUCUUGCUAAAGGGAGUACUGUAUUGUUGGCACAAAAAUUCUAGAAUCCAAGGUCUUGGACAUGUAUUUAUGAAAUUUGGUAAAAGUAUGAUUUAUCAUAGAAAAAUGUGUAACAAUCAGAGUUGAUAGGUUUUAGGGAAGUUGAGUUGUCUUCAUAAAAGGUGCAUGAAAAAUGUACACUGUAAAUGUACUUACAUGUAGAUACUAAUAAUUUUCCUAUUUGAAGGAUAACUGAAUAUGCCGUAGAUGCAUCAUUAUAUAAUUGUAAAUAUGUGUAAACUAAUUCAUUCAUGGUAUUGUUAUUACUUAUUUUGUCCGGUGUAGGUAAAAAUAAAAAAUGCCAAGAGUAAAUGUAAAUGAAGAAAAAGAGCCCCAAACAACUUUAAAGUUGAGGCAUUUAGCUGCUGAAACGUGCAUGUUUUGUAAGGAAUUUAUUUGUUUGUGGAGUAUACUCCAAGCUCUAAUUUGUAUUUGUUCUUUGGUUGUUAUGGCUGACACCCAUUUCUGCAUGUUUGCCUCUUCCAUACAUGUCAGAUUUGAGAAGACAAAUUUUCUUUUUGUACACAUUCAUGGAAGUUUUCUGUUUCCAAGCAUUUGUAACAUAGUGAUUGUACCACCAUAUAUGUGAUGCUUAACUCUGAUUGUACAUGUACAAGUAUUAUACAUUUAUGUUUUUCAUUUUCUUGCUGUAUAUGUAAUGGAAACAUUGUUUGAUGUACAUGCAUUUUUGUUUUAGAUUGUCUUCUUCAGAUAUUUUGUUUAAUGAUAUUUUGUUUAUGAUGCCAAUUAUUAUUUACAAUAAGUGUAAGAAUUGAAUUUAGCAGGAGGCUCUUCCUUGAUUAAUUAAGCUGUCCACAACUUGAAUUACAACCAAUCAGAAUUGUGUAUUUGGGACCUGAUUUAAACUUUGGGUUUAUAAUUUCAUAUAUAGAAAAAUAUAAGCAAAUGGCCCUACAUCUAGUUGAUUUAAGUGGUUAAUUUGAGCUGGGGAACCAAAGAGAAAGACCAAACGAACAAUUCCUGCUUAAUAGGCAAACCUAUGUGAAAGGUGUUGAUCAUUCUUUGCAUAGAUUAUAUUAGUGUAAUUAUUUUUUCUUUAGAAAUAGUAUCCAUUCUAUAUAUUUGUGGUAAUGUUUUUGUGUUUACUAGUAUCUUUUUAGAAAUUGAAUGUCUGUGUCUUCUUGGAGAGGUCAUCACAGUAAUUAUUAGGCAGGAUAAUAAGUACAUGUACAUGUUUAAUUUACCAGUAAUACUCCAUGACUCCUUAAAAAGUAAAGGAAACAUUGUAAACAUACUAUUGCCUUAGUUGGUCAACUGAUAAUCUUUUGAAAUGUGUUAAGACUAUAUAGUUGAACAUGUAAGCUCUUGUUGAAAGGAGGUACAUGUAUAUGUUAACGUUUUGUGUGCAUGUUCUGAGAGUCAGAUUAGCCUUUGACUUCCUGCAAUAACCACUUGCCAUUUC